CGGCCCGGCCCGAACAUGCUGGACGGCCUGAAGAUGGAGGAGAACUUCCAAAGCGCCAUCGAGACCUCGGCGUCCUUUUCCUCGCUGCUGGGCAGAGCGGUGAGCCCCAAGUCUGUCUGCGAGGGCUGUCAACGGGUCAUCUCGGACAGGUUUCUGCUGCGGCUCAACGACAGCUUCUGGCAUGAGCAGUGCGUGCAGUGCGCCUCCUGCAAAGAACCCCUGGAGACCACCUGCUUCUACCGGGACAAGAAACUCUACUGCAAGUAUGACUAUGAGAAGCUGUUUGCUGUCAAAUGCGGGGGCUGCUUCGAGGCCAUCGCGCCCAAUGAGUUCGUCAUGCGGGCCCAGAAGAGCGUGUACCACCUGAGCUGCUUCUGCUGCUGUGUCUGUGAGCGACAGCUCCAGAAGGGCGAUGAGUUUGUCCUGAAGGAGGGGCAGCUCCUCUGAAAAGGGGACUAUGAGAAGGAGCGGGAGCUACUGAGCCUGGUGAGCCCGGCAGCGUCAGACUCAGGCAAAAGUGAUGAUGAAGAAAGUCUUUGCAAGUCAGCGCAGGGCACAGGGAAAGGAGCCGCUGAAGACGGCAAGGACCAUAAGCGCCCCAAACGUCCUAGAACCAUCUUGACAACCCAACAGAGGAGAGCAUUCAAAGCCUCGUUUGAAGUGUCCUCCAAGCCGUGCAGGAAGGUGAGGGAGACUCUGGCCGCGGAGACAGGGCUGAGCGUCCGUGUGGUCCAGGUGUGGUUCCAGAACCAGAGAGCGAAGAUGAAGAAGCUGGCCCGGCGGCAGCAGCAGCAGCAAGACCAGCAGAACACCCAGAGGCUGAGUUCCGCUCAAACAAAUGGCGGUGGGAAUGCUGGGAUGGAAGGGAUCAUGAACCCCUACACGGCUCUGCCCCCCCCACAGCAGCUCCUGGCCAUCGAGCAGAGCGUCUACAGCUCAGACCCCUUCCGGCAGGGCCUCACCCCCCCUCAGAUGCCGGGAGACCACAUGCACCCGUACGGUGCCGAGCCCCUUUUUCAUGACCUGGAUAGUGACGACACCUCCCUCAGUAACCUGGGUGACUGUUUCCUAGCAACCUCAGAAGCCGGGCCCCUGCAGUCCAGAGUGGGAAACCCCAUCGACCACCUGUACUCCAUGCAGAAUUCUUACUUUACCUCUUGAGCCUUCCCCUCGAGUUCUGUGGCUGGGCUCCCACACGGAGCAACCCUGUGAUGGG